AUUUUGCAAAAGUUUGUCAUUACUGUAAUCAUUGAUGCCAUUACUGUAACCAAUACUGUAAUCAUUGAUAAAGUUGCCAAUCAGAAAUUACAAAUAGCUGCCUAUUGCAUUAAUGCAUCGUUAUCAUUAUUCAUUGAUGAUUUAUUACUAUGUUUGAACUUUGACCUAUCAAUGAUUUUUGCUACAUGUGAGUGA